AUUUAUCGGGGAUUAUAAUUUGGCGACUUUAGAUUGGAACAUUGCAAAUGUGAAAUUGCAUUAUUAAGAUUAUAGCAACCCUGGAAAAUCAAAACUGAAUUGAAAUAUUUUUUUAAAAAUAGAUAAGAAGUAUUCUAUCUCUCAGUGGGUAAAUCGUAUUCACUUCUAGAAAUGCUAGUAAAAAAAUGUUAAAUCUGCGUUUAUUACUUCAAGUUUUUUUAGAUUAUAUAUUUAAAAAUUGAGAAGAUUGAAAUUAAUGGAUUUAACAAGUUCCAAUGAUUUAAAAUCGCUCCAACCCAUUGUAGAAGACGAGGAGAGUGAGGAUGAAGAACAGACAGGAGAUACAAAGGCAAGAAUCGAUGAUUUCCUGGAGAGAGCAGGUCAACAGAAGCAAAUGAUAGAAGCCAGGAUCGAAAAGAACGUCUCUGAUUUGAACAAUAAAAGAGCUAACGAUGAAACACUCUUCGCAGAAUUCUCAGCGAGUGUUCAACAACAGGUGCAGUAUUCACUGAAAGCCUUGGAUGAAUGUUUGAACAGAGCACAUUCUCGACGUGAAGCUAUGUUGCAGUCUAAAUACAUGGAAGUAAAAAAAGUUCUCCUUGAUGUGUGGAACUUGAAACAAAUUAUCUAAUUUUAUAACAUACAAAGUGUUUGAAUAUCAUAAUGCGAGUCUAAUAAAGGUGUUAAUGGUGAUAUUUUUAA